AGAUAACGAAGGUUUACUCUUCUCGCGAUAUUUCUCUGGAGGCAAAAGAAGAAAAAAAAAGAAGCUACGAUGCUAAAGGUUUGUUAGCCUUGUGUACUGACAGUUUCGCAUCUAGCUGGAUGGAGGAGAAAACGCCUCACUGUUAUUAAGGUAAGGGUUUCCAGAGACUGGGAGCACUUCCUGCAGUCACCUCCCCUGUCAUCCUCCUCAGAGUGGAUUUGAAGAUGUAGCCAAGAGUGAAGUGGAUCAUCUCUGCAGACCCUCAGCAUUCCUGCCCCAGGCAUAGCCAGUGACUUCUCACCGCCAGCCUAAUUCUGGGGCACUUAGGCCCCUAACCAGUCAGUCCGUCCGUCCCUGGUUUGAAGACCCUGCUGUCCUCAGCCAUGCUGUUCUCCCUGAGGGAACUGGUCCAGUGGCUGGGCUUUGCCACCUUUGAACUCUUCCUCCACCUGCUAGCGUUGCUGGUCUUCAGCAUGCUGGUUGCUCUGCGAGCUGACAUGUUCACCCCUACGCUGAGCUGGUGGCUGGUGUUCGUCCCGCUGUUUGCCGCCGACGGCCUCAGCACCUACUUCACGGCCAUUGUGUCGAUCCGUCUUUACCAGGAGAACGAGAAGCGCCUCGCCGUGCUGCGGCUCCUCUGGGUGCUGACAGUGCUCAGCCUGAAGCUGGUGUGCGAGGUGCUGCUGUGCCAGAAGCUGGCGGAGCAGGAGCAAGCCAGAGACCUGUGGUUCGGCCUCAUCGUCUCGCCGCUGUUCAUCCUGCUGCAGCUGCUGAUGAUACGGGCGUGCCGCGUCAACUGAGGGGAGGCAGUUAGCGGCUGUGCUUUCACAUCACCGCAAAACACAGGAACAUAGAGAGAUCUUCCUCUGCCAAUAGAGAUUUAAAGCAUAACAAUAGUGUCAUUUCUCUUUGGGCUCAUUGCUACCUUUUUUUUUUUUUUUUUUUAAAUACACGUGUUCCAGGUCUCACCAGAUUUGUGUACAUUUGUGUUUCUAAUAAUUAUGUAUAAGUUCUAAUGCAGUAUUUCUCUUCCCAGAAGAGUGGAGGCUGUUGGUUAGCUAGCAGUACCAUUGAUUUGGAAUUAGAUCAAUCAUACAUGAGAAUAAUAAGGGUGAGCACGUACUUUUGGCCAUGUAGUGUAAAAAUUAGUUAAAAAUAAUCAAUUCUCCAAUUAAAAUUAAAAAAAGAAAUGUUUGGGUGAUCCGAUAUUGAUUAAUGAAAUCCCCAAAUCAAUCUUUUAAUAUAUGCAUUUUCAGCAUAGAUGUGGGGAAUCUUAAUGUAAACACUAACCU